AUGCAUUAGCAGUGACGCCUGUUUAGGCGAGGAAGGCUUUGCUGCUGAAGCAAGCAAAGAGGCACCCAAGAUGGCCUCUGCUGCAGGAGCAGCCGUGGCAGCAGCAGCAGCAGAGGGCCAAAGGCUGGGGCAGCAGGCCGCUGUCGGCCGGCUCUUGAUGCUGGUGAAGGUGGAGGUAGGCGCGACGGCCAUGGCCGUAGCCCGCAGCUGAGAGGAGCUGCUGCCGCCGUCGUGAGGUUAUAUUUCACACUAUGUGCUGACUGUCUGUACUUACAGAAACUAUUUAAAAACAGGUUUUUUUUUUCAAAAUAAAUUUGAUUCCAGUGGAAUCUGCUUUAGAUUUUGUCUUGUGAAGUAACUCCUGAAGCAAUGCCUGUACAAGCUCCACAAUGGACGGAUUUUCUCUCCUGCCCUAUUUGCACACAAACAUUCGACGAAACCAUCCGGAAGCCCAUCAGUCUAGGUUGUGGCCACACAGUCUGCAAGAUGUGCCUGAACAAGCUUCAUCGGAAAGCGUGUCCUUUCGACCAGACCACUAUCAAUACGGACAUAGAACACCUUCCCGUGAACUCGGCUUUGCUGCAGCUUGUGGGUGCUCAGAUGCCAGAACAGCAGCCAAUAACUCUACGCAGUGGUGCUGAAGAUACUAAGCAUUAUGAGGAAGCUAGGAAGUGUGUGGAAGAACUAGCCUUGUACCUUAAACCACUCAGCAGUGCAAGAGGUGUGGGAUUGAACAGCACAACUCAGAGUGUGCUUAGUCGCCCCAUGCAAAGGAAGCUUGUGACGUUAGUCCACUGCCAGCUGGUGGAAGAAGAAGGGCGGAUCCGAGCUAUGCGUGCAGCACGAUCUCUGGGUGAAAGAACUGUCACUGAGCUUAUUCUUCAGCACCAGAAUCCCCAGCAGUUAUCAUCAAACCUUUGGGCUGCAGUGAGGGCUAGAGGCUGUCAGUUCCUUGGACCAGCAAUGCAGGAGGAAGCCCUGAAGCUAGUUCUUUUAGCUUUAGAAGAUGGAUCUGCUUUAUCUCGAAAAGUCUUGGUUCUCUUUGUGGUACAGAGACUGGAGCCACGAUUUCCUCAGGCUUCUAAAACCAGCAUUGGGCAUGUUGUCCAGCUUCUUUACAGAGCCUCCUGUUUCAAGGUGACUAAACGUGAUGAGGAUUCCUCCCUAAUGCAGUUGAAGGAGGAAUUCCGAACAUAUGAAGCUCUGAGGCGAGAACAUGAUUCCCAAAUUGUACAAAUUGCUAUGGAGGCUGGUUUGCGAAUAGCUCCAGAUCAGUGGUCCUCAUUGCUAUAUGGAGACCAGUCUCACAAAUCCCACAUGCAGUCCAUUAUUGACAAGUUGCAGACCCCAGCCUCUUUUGCACAGAGUGUUCAGGAAUUAACCAUUGCUCUCCAGAGGACUGGUGAUCCAGCCAAUCUGACCCGGCUUCGACCCCAUCUUGAACUCCUUGCAAAUAUUGAUCCCAGUCCAGAUGCCCCACCACCCACAUGGGAACAGCUUGAGAAUGGAUUAGUUGCUGUGCGGACUGUGGUGCAUGGACUGGUUGAUUACAUCCAGAAUCACAGCAAGAAAGGAGCAGAUCAGCAACAGCCUCCUCAGCACAGCAAGUACAAGACAUAUAUGUGCCGAGACAUGAAGCAGAGAAGAGAAUGCCCCCGUGGGGCCAGCUGCACCUUUGCACACUCACAGGAAGAACUAGAAAAAUUUCGAAAGAUGAACAAACGUCUAGUUCCUCGAAGACCUUUGAGUGCCUCCUUAGGUCAACUAAAUGAAGUGGGCCUGCCAGCAGCAGCUAUUAUCUCAGAUGAAGCAACAGUGGACUUACCCAGUAGAAAACCCUCUACCUUGCCAAAUGGGAUUGUUUCACCAGGCAGUGCAGUGACACAACUUAUCUCUCGUGGGACCGACUCCAGUUAUGACUCAGUCAUGAAACCUGGGAAGAUGGACCACCAUAGUAGCAGUGCCCCUGGAUCACCUCCUGAUUUGCUGGAACCUGUUUCCAAGAGCUCUCACCCAGUGCCCUCCCGGGGACCCUCGGAUUUGCCUCCAAUAUCAGUAGGAAAACAGCUCCAGAUGGUUCCACGCGGCUCCCAGUUGUAUCCAGCUCAGCAAACUGAUGUGUUCUAUCCAGAUCCUCGAGGAGCAGCUCCCCCAUUUGAGCCUCCACCUUACCAAGCAGGUGUGUAUUAUCCUCCAGCUCAGUCAUUACAGUGUAUGUCUCGGUUUGUCCGACCUCCAUCAUCUGUUCCUGAACCGGGCCCUCCUUUUGUAGAGCAACAUUAUGCACCCUAUCUCCAAGAUCGCAUCAUGAACUCACAGUACAGCACACAGCCACAGCAGUACCCUCCAGUGGGUCAACCUGUAUAUCCUCCCCAUUAUGACAGCAGACGUGUGUAUCCUCCUGCCCAGCCAUACCAAAGGGAAGAGAUUAUCCGAGGAAGUCCUGUGCCAAUUGAAAUUUCUCCACCUGCUGUAUCACCAUACGUACCUGAAACAAGAGACAGAUAUCAACAAGUGGAGGGCUACUAUCCAGUUGGACCACAUCUGAAUCAGAUUAGACCUUCAUAUCAUAGAGAGCCUUAUAGUCGACCUCCCCCUCAGCCACACCCUAGUCUAGAUGAAUUGCAUAGAAGGCGAAAGGAAAUCAUGGCCCAGUUAGAAGAAAGAAAGGUCAUCUCCCCACCACCAUUUGCGUCAUCACCAACUCUGCCUCAUUCUUUACACACUGAUGAAUACUUGGAUGAAGACCUGAAGGUAGCAGGCAAAUACAAAGGAAAUGAUUACAGCCAGUAUUCUCCCUGGUCCUGUGACACUAUUGGCUCCUACAUUGGAACCAAAGACGCAAAACCCAAAGAUAUUGUGGCAGUGGGUCUUGUGGAGAUGGUGAAUGUCGACAGCAAGGGAAUGCGAGACCAACGUUUGGAUUUACAAAGGAGAGCAGCAGAGACUGGUGGUGAUGAUGAUCUUAUUCCAUUUGGAGAUCGGCCUACAGUAUCAAGGUUUGGUGCCAUCUCACGUACCUCCAAAGCAAUGUACCAGAACCCUGGCCCCAUGCAAGCCAUGACAGUUCAAGGGGCUUCUGCAAAACCAGUCAACGUGUCAGAUUACAGCCCAUAUGGAACACACAGUGCAUGGGGAGGCUCACCAUAUUCACCCCAUCAAAAUAUACCUUCUCAGGGACGGCUUGGUGACAGGGAGAGAUUAUCUAUGACAGACAUUGCUAACCAUGGGAAACCUUUGCCGUCGUCUGAGAGAGAACAGCAGCUUCGUCUUGAACUACAGCAGUUAAACCAUCAGAUAAGCCAGCAGACACGAGGACUGGAGGCGGUUAGUAACAGGCUGCUGUUGCAGAGGGAAGCGACCCCUUUGGCAGGCCAACCACAGCCCCCACCGCCACCUCCUAAGUGGCCUGGAAUGAUCUCAAGUGAACAGCUGAGCCUGGAGCUGCACCAGGUGGAGAGGGAAAUCGGGAAGAGAACUCGGGAGCUAAGCAUGGAGAGCCAGUCUUCAUUGGAUGUGAAAAACAAAGUAAAUGCUAGUAAGCAGACUGAAAAUGGACAGCAAAGCAAGGUACCAGCUGAGGAUCUUGCUCUAACAUUCAGCAGUGAUCUUCCAAAUGGAUCUGCCCCAACCCAAGAAAUUAUCGGCCUUCUGUCAAACAAAACAACAGCCCUGAACUUGUCAGAAGAGACCGAAGCGGGAGCAGGUGACCAGGAGACUCAGAGACCUGGAGCGACCCCCACCUCAGCGCCUUGAAGGAACAAGACUAUCCCUCCACUUCUGUCGGGGGCCACCUUUUCCCGCCCUUGGGAUGAUGAAAGACUCUUCAGCAACAGCAAGUCUGAGACAAUGUGCGCAACACCACUACUAGAAACAAACCCUGCACAUAGUUCACAUUAACACAUUUUUUAAUUAAAAAAAUGAAAAUUAGCAGUAUCUGCAAACAACUCAAAUUAAAUUUGUUUUUGUUCUGUGAAUGAACUUUAUUUUAAUAACUUUGGAUGCCUUGAAUGCCAGGGCUUUAAAAGAAACAGAUAUUAUAUAUAUAUAUAUAAAUACACACACACACAAACACACACACCUUACACAGAAACAUAUACUUUGUUUGAUUAAUUGUAUGAUCUAAUGAGAUAGGUUUUCUGUUUUAUUUUGGUAUUAUUACAUACCCAGUGUAUUAUUUUUUUUCUAGAUAUUGUUCUUUCUCCUGCCAGAACAAGCUCAUUCACCACUUUUUUUUUGUGGUUUUUAAAAAUGAAAUAGAGAAUUGAGAUGGAGGAGAAACCUCUAAACUGUCCCAAAUCUGUAACUCUCUUACAGAGUCUGGUCCCUCGUCAUAACUUCUUGUUAAUUUAAGGUUGUGAAGGAUUUAUUUACCAGCACAUUAGCAAUCAAACUUUUAUUGGACACUGCAGACUUCAAGGAGUAGCAGUCAUUAUUCCAUUUUAAAGUGAAUAGAAAUGUGCUGCCCUGCAUUCAUUAUAAACUGGCUAAGAAGCAUUGAUUUUGGCAUUGGUGUUUCAUUGCAUAAGUAAGCUAAAAGCAAAAGCCUCUGAACUGAAUUAAAGCGGUAUCUAGAAACAAGUACAGAAUUACUUCAAAUGGGAUAAGAGGUGCAAAGGUUAGGGUAGUAAAUAUGGGUCUCCCAGCUGCUUUCACGUGUCUAAACUAGAAUUUCUGUAUCAUCCUAUAUUCUUGAGGGAGUCGGGUACAUUACAUGAUACUCGGAUGCAAGAGAAUUUUGGAACAUGCCCAGGGUGAGAGCUGGUAAAUUCUAUUUUAGACACAAUGGAAAAACAUGGAACUGGAUGCAGUGACACCCCGCUUCCUGUGCAUUUUGCAUCCAUAGCUAGUAAUACCAUGAUUGGUCAGCAUUACCUUUCAUGGUAAGACUGAAUCUUUGAAACUCAGUUUUAGCUAGUAACAAAAAUUGGCUCCCAAGGAAUUAAAUCACAGUGUUAAUUUUAGCAAGUCUGUUACAAAAACAGCCCCCUUUGCAAUGUAUAUGAAAUGAAAAGACUUCUUAUCUCUGCAAAUUCAAGUUUAUGACAUUUCUUAAAAUGCACAGAUACGGUCUUACGCAUGCUGUGUGCAAAGUUGACUUUUGUCCUCCUCUCUCCUUUUUACUGGCAUUGAAUAAGGUGCAUGAAAACGAGUGGAAAACUUGGAAGAACUCUCUUGCAUCCUCUCUAUAUGAAUUGCAAUUUUAAAUUUCAGAAUGCACUGGCUAUGUAAUAAGUUGAAGCAUUGCUUUGGUUGGGUAAAAGCAAACAUUUAUUAAUCUUGUUCUAGAUUAUUUUUCUUCCCUUAAAAUCCAUUAAGGUCAAAACAGCCUUUUAUGUCCAUUUUAUUGCUAAAUAAAAUACAUUGGGAGCAUACAGGCCCCCUGUUGCCUACCAGUAGGGAGAGUCCAAAUAGAAGACAUUUGCAAGUACUGAUUAUUUAAUAUAUUUGCCCAGUCAAGGCGUUGCAUUUCUAAAUUAUUUCACAACCUGGCUGGCCAAAAAACUGAUGCCCAUAUUGCCUUGGGAUUUGAGCAUUUUUUUAAAAACUAAAAUGUGUAUAUGUGUACAUAUACACAUAAGCACAUGUGUGCACACAUUCAUGUUUGUGUGUGUUCAUAUGAUACUUAAGAAUCUUUUCUCAUGAUUACAGCUAUUAUAAAACAUCUAGGACUUAGAAGCAUUCUGUGUGUGUGGUGUAUGUGUAUGCAUGUAUGUGUAUGUAUAUGUAUAUAUGUGUAUGUGUAUAUAUGCACACACACACAUAUGCACACACACACCCCUAUCCCUUUCCCUCUCUUUUAAAUGACAUUUUAACUCUCUUCUCUUUGAUUUAUUUAACUCUAUAUCAAAAAUCACUCUUGUUACCAAACAACUUUCUCUUCUUUUCAUACUACCACCAGUCUUUCACUCAGAAGAAAGUGGAAGAAAAACUUUUGCUUUUCUUUAAGUUCUCAUUGAAUGUUCUUUAUGUACUUAAGAGAAUCUAUUAUAUCUUUCCUGCCUUUCCUUCUGAAGUAAACUCUAAUGUCAUGGCAUAAUGAAAGAAAGUUUGCUUAUAUAAAUUAUUUUUCUUGCCAUGUCUCCAAACAUAAGAAGUCUUUUCAGUGAAUCGGGUGCACUAUUUCUAAUAUCAGGCCCUCAUAGAGAAUAUCAAGCUUCCAUUUGCUUCAAAAUUAGCCAGUCCCUUAAAUAGUUCUGUUAAACGCAUUCUCUUCCAGUGAAAAUCCAAUUUGGAGUAACAGAAAAAUUGGCUUUCAACAAGAUAUGCCAAGCAGACUCAUUUCCUACAGGAAGUUUUCUAGCUAAAGAGGGAAGGCUUAACGUUUUUCAUACGUUUAACUAUAUAUGUAUCAAAGACAUGUAUGGAAGAGUUGGGAUUGUAAUGACAAAACCAUCCCCUCUUACAUUAAUGCAUUCAUUAGACCAUUUAUAGCACACCUGUGCCUCUAGAUACUGUAUAUGCAUAGGCCCAUAUUUUGUACACAUGCAUAUUAUUCAUGUUGUACAUAUGAUUAUUUUACAUAUGUACAUGUACAUAUGUUCAUAAAGCACUAGGUAAAAACGUGUGGAAACUGCUAUUGUUAUUGUUGAGAAACCUCUGCUAUAAAAUUAAAUGCUUUGAAUCUGAGCUAACGAAGAGACCUCCCAUUAUUUUUCUGAAGUUGUACUUUGCACACAGUGCCCUAUCUAGGUUAAUGCCCUUUAUGCACAAGCAAACAGUUUCUGUUUAACCUUUGCAGAGCACUUUGAUCUUGGCUUAGUUUCCUGUUUUCUUCUUUAGAGUCUAGAGGACAAGUUAAAGUGAUGAGCACAUAAAGAACUAUCUGGCUUUCAUAGAGAAGAAUCUAUAAUACUGUAUUCUCAGGUGUCUUUUUAUAAACUAGCCUUUUCAAGUCCGUAUAUUAAAAUCCCAUAAAAUUUCUAUUGGGGAGCAGAAUUCAGGUUGAUGUGGAAACAGUGUAACUCAUUGGACUUUUAAAGCCAUCCACAGAAACCGUAACGUUAGCUUUACAUUCUAGAUUUUGACUUUCACAGGCCUGAAAAAUAUUUGCCUCCUGUCAGUUAGAAAAGAGGAAACAAGCCAAAUACAGAUGCAUGUCUGUGUCAUGAUCAUAGCUGAACUCUUAAAGCGUCCUCCACUCUUCAUUUACACUGUGUUUGGGGCUAUAAUACAUUUUCUAUGAGAAUUUUUUAGUAAGAUUCAUGAUUGUGAUUGGUAUCUUCUAUAGAAUAUCAAUUAUCACUCUCAUCCAACUGUGUUAUAUAUACUCAAAGGAAUCUGCUAUUUUUGAAAACAUGUUUUAUUUUAAACUUGGCUGGAAUACAGGAAUUGGAUGGCAUAGGUUAUUCUUUAUGAUGGGAUGCUAUGGCAUCAUAAGCGAAACUCAGUAUUGUGUACUUAAAUAAAAAACUGUUUGAGAGAUACUAAAAUAUUUAACCCCAAGCAAGUUUUAUGAAGGAUUUCAGGUUAUUUAAAAAAAAAAAUAACAAAAGCCCAGGUUUCAGAAUAACAAUAUAAUACUUAACUAAGUGCAUGCAACUCUGUUCUUAGACUUCCAGAUUAAAUGUGUUUGGCUAAUUAGGACCUGCGAGAUCCAUUUGAACAUUGCUUUUUUUUUUAAAUUUCUGCUUCUUGUCUUUACAUCUCUCCUUUGUAUGUCCCCAUCAUCCUCCCUUUUUCAUGCACCGGGUAACAGCAUGUUGCCUCAAAAUAGAGCAUUCAAAUGAAUUUGCGUACCCAAUAACUUCUAUGAAGUUGCAUUUCCUUAUGGUGUUAUUACUCAGUGAUGCAUAAAUGUGGUAUUGCCCCUACUUGUAGGCAAAUGAGGGGUCUGUAUAAAUAUGGAAAAUACCCUUUUUCACUUAAGGAGAGCCAAAGACUUGUGCUUUACUCUUGGUUUGAUUGUUGUUUUUUCUUUCUUUCUAUUUUCUUCUGUUCAUUUUACUAGAAUAGCCAGUUUGGAUUGAAAAUCUUUUAAGUUUUCAAACCUUACCAGUGCUAAAUUGAUGUAAAAACUCAUGACUGUUAAGUCUUACAAAAUAUGCUCUGUAAUUAUGACUUUCAGCUCAUUUCAGAAGUGCUGUGUCAAGCAUCAUUACAUUUGCAGCCAUUUAUUUAAUUACUUUAUUUUUAAAAAUGCUUGAACAUUGUCCCAACACACUUUGAUUUAUAAUCUACAAAAAGAGCUUUUAGAACAAACAUUGUUUACUCUCACUGUUCCUGCUUGAAAUUUUCUAUUGAACUCUUACUAGAAGUAAGUAUAAGGAAACUUUAAAGAAACUGGAGAGAGAUUCUGUGGUAGCAUCAUCAAUAUAAUGAGAUUGCAUAGUCUAGUUGUACAUGAUGUUUCCUUAUAUUUAGCUGUGGAAAAUAUGUUGCACUGUUGCUUGGAAACACAACAUAUUAUAACCGAUUUAUCUGCUUUUCCAAACUUAUACAGAAACCUCUCUGGAUAGCAGUCCCAAAAUAUAUCCACCAUAUCAGCAACAUAAUGUAAUCAGAAAGCACUCUGUUUCAUAGUUCUAUUAACUCGGCAAGCAUGGACUUCAUUAAAGCAAAUAGUCCCAGAGAGAGCCUUCUCCAGUUGUUAUUCUUGCUUUCAGUAUUACAUCAAUUAUGAUCUGCAGGUCUCUUCUUGAAUUAUAUUUGCCAGGAUGUCACUUAGACAUUUUGCCCUGGAAGCCACAGAAGAGUAUGGUGUUGAUGCACCUCCGGUCUUGGACCUCUCAUCUGCUUUCAAGCCUUGUUGUUAUUAUGAACAGGACAUCUGCUUUAUUGUACAGCAAGGUGGGGACAAACAGUUGAAGAACUGAAUUGGAAGUCAUGCAGCUGCAUACUCUUCUCGCAUCUCAAAAUACUAAAAGGAUAGGCAAAAUUUUUCUCCAGGUUGUAAUCUGACAAUCCAGAUAUCCAAUCCAGUUAUCCAGAUAACUUAUCCAGAUAAGUUAAGAUAUUUACUCUUACGUGUUUUGCUAUCACGACUUGCAACAUUAUUUACUAAUAUGAGUGGGGAUUUUAAUAGAAUUUUUUUCAAAAAUUCUCACUCAUACUGUUGUCAGCAGUAUGGAUUCAUAUUACAUAUCUUGUCUCUGAACUGAUUUGGUCAGAAAGAACACUAGGUAGAAACGGAAUACUUGAAGGUGUCAUAAUCAGUGUUGUAUGGACAAAAAAACUAAGCCAUAAUUUGAUGUGACAAGAGUGAGCCACUGUGAGCACUGAGCUUUUAUGUUUUCCAUUCCUCCUCUGGAGUAGCUAAGAGUUCAAAAUCUUUCAUUUCUGUUUUAGAUUAAGAGCAGCUUGCCAUGUCGUCCAAACCUGGAUAAAUUGUUUUGUAUUUAACUUCAAAACAAUUCAUAAAUUUGGUUUGUUUCAAACAGUGAUAAGAUAAGCCACAGUUUAGGUUCAGACAGUAUAGCUAAUCAAAAGCAGAAGUAAUCUGAUUUCAUGUCCAGAAGAGGAAUGUAAGGCAUUAAUCAAAACAUAGCUCAGAUUCAUUCUCAUAGCAGUAAAUCAUGGUUUCACAUUAAAUAUCAUCACUAAGAUGACGGUACGGAAUUUCCAGACCCCAUACUUCAGUGUGGCACAUAUUACAAAACAAAUAAUACACAGUUGUAUUAUAAUAAUACAAUAAAAAAACAGUGGCAAUUAUGAAGUUACAGAUUGCCUUAGCCUAGACAUAUUCCUGUGUCGUCAAAUAGUUCUUAUGCAAUUGUGGGACAUGAAUAGGAUCCAUUUGUAUCUUUUUGUGGAGUGAUGAUGUAACUUUUUUUUGCUUCAGAAAGGGGAUCCACUAGCACUACCCCAAAAAAGUAUAAGGUAACGCUCUGAAUUGGGUGCUGUUUGGAGAUCACUUUAAACAAACAACUUCUCAACCACAAGAAAAAGUAGCUCCAUAUUUUCCUACAUCUUUUGUGCAAUAUUCAGAUUAUUAAACAUAAAAAAACAGAUGUCUUUUUUCAUCAAAUCAGCCCAGAGAUUGGUCUGUGUGUCACAAGAGUAAAUUAGUAAGGCCAUAUAGGUAGGUCAAGUAUAACACCAAGAAGUGCCAUUCUCUUUUUCUGCAGUUUGCAGUGAGAUUUCUGUGUUGUGUUGGAUACAGCAGUGAACUCCCAGAAUGAAAUGUUAUGGCUGGAACAAUUGCAUUUUGACUUCUGUAUGAAAUUUAAAUUUUGAGAGCAGUGAACCUUCAUUGUGUUGAUAGUGUCUUGAAUAGCUAUAGUUACCAUUCAGUGGCUGCAGAGCUUCUAUUCUGGUAUCUAACAUUACUUGCCUGCAUCUUAUAUAUUUAUGGCUGCCUGAUGCUUUUUUUUUUUCACAUAUAAAAAGUAUCUGUUCUGAAGGCAUAACAUACUGAAGGGGGAGAAGUCCCAAAAGAAGACACCAAAGUGCAGCCUCUCUCUGAAAGUUAACAGUACUAGGUAUGCUAAUGUUAAAUGUAUACGUAUCUUUUAUAAAAACAAAAUCCUGUGGCAUAUUUGGUGUUUGCUGUAAACAAAAUUUGUUUGCUUUUGUGUAUGUUAAAGUAAAUUCAGGCACAAUUGUAAGUGGGAAUGUCUUCCACACUCCCACUCCGAAUGUGUGGGAUGUGUGCAAGACAACCACCUCUGUGCUGUCUUGUUGUUAAUGUUAGUUUGUUGUAGCAGACAAUACUCACAAGUCUUUGGCAUCCAAAACCAGAUUGUGUAACUGGAUCAGAAUCCCACAGCUGGAUUUGCAUAAGGCACUCUUUCCAAGUUUAGCCAUUCAAAGGGAGGGACAGAGGUGGGGAGCAGGAUGGGGCAGACCUACUGAGAAUAGUCUGUUUGGCCAGCUGUCUUGACAGCCCUCAGUUCUAGUCCUGUACAAACCCCUGAAGGGUUUCUCUGCUGUCUGUUGUGAGUUUACAAUUGCCUUGCAGUCUCUGCUUGCUAUGUAAGCAGCCUUGUUGCUAACCAUGAACCCUUUUCCUUGAAGGCAACCUUAGUUUUUUAAAUUAGUUUUCAAGGAUUGGCAGUCAGCAAUCUGGAUUUCGCUCCUUAUUUUUAUUCAGCCAACUUGAUAUGCAUUCUUCUCCCUCCUCCAGAAUCUCCUGGUCAUUUCCAGUUGUGGGAUUUCUCUCUCUCUAUGUGCAUUCUUUGUGGUUUGGGGGGGGUAAGCCAAGUUUCCUUUGGUCUUUUUAGGAUUGUACCAGUCUCCCCGAGACAUUCUUAAGUCAUUAUCACCUUUUUGGGUGGAGUUCAUUUUUUUUAAUAACUUUUUUGACAUUUUGGUGCAUUUAUGCUUGGGAUAGAGCUCAUGUAAUUUACCAAUCGUAUUGAUUGUAUGUGAUUGUGCCCUGCGGAGGUAUAUUUAACAAAAAAAAAUAAAAGAAAAAGAAUUAGUCUAGGGUGAUGCUGGUGAUAAUAAAGACUCCAAGAUACUAAGUAAAGGAUGUGAGUGAUUUUGUGAAUUUGCUUAGAUUUAACUGUUGGUAUUAUAAAAUGUUUAUUCCUUUUCUC